CUCGUCUUGUAGGCCCCCCCAACGAACUGACCAUCAGAAUGCAGGAUCUGAAGGGGAAGGUCGCCUUGGUCACCGGCGGAGCCAGCGGAUUCGGCAAAGCCAUCGAGGAGCUUUUACUCAGCAAAGGGUGUAUGGUCGCGGUCCUGGACAUGGACGUGGAACAAGGCAGGAAGACCGCCGCCGAAUUCCAGAGCAAGUACGGAAAGGAACGCUGCGUCUUCUACAAGUGUGACGUCACGGACGACCAGGAAUUCGAAGAUUGCUUCAGCAAGACGAAGUCGAAAUUUGGCGGCCUCGACAUCGUCGUGAACAACGCGGGCGUCGCCGGGGAAGCCAGAUGGAAGAAGAUAUUCGCCAUAAACACUGAGGCCGUGUUUUGUGGUACCCUGCUUGGCUUCAAGUACAUGGGGAAGGACAAUGGACACAAAGGAGGACACAUCAUCAAUGUCGCUUCAGUGGCUGGCCUCGUCCUGUUUCCGGCAAUCCCAGCCUACAACGCUUCCAAGUUCGCGGUCGUCGCCAUGACACGUUCACUCGGCACGGACCUCCACUUUAACCGUCACGGGGUUAAGGUGAACUGCAUCUGCCCCGAGCCCAUGGACACUCCGCUGUGGUGGGGAGUCUCGGAGUUCUGCAAAACCAAGGACGACACCACGAAUUUCGCUCAGGAUUACGACAAGCGUGUCCAACGUAUCGAAGACGUGGCCAAAGGCGUGGUCAAAAUAAUCGAGGACGGGCAAAAUGGCAGCGCCCUCGUCGCUCUGCACGGCCAAGACGUCAAGUAUUACAACUUUCAAGAGUAGAUCGAGACGAACGCAAGACAUCUCGGAGAUCAAACCGCCGCAAUGCUUCUGCCAUUUAGAAUAAUGUCAAGACUGGUUAUAACGAAGUCGAUCGGAAUCGAAUAUCACUUCGAUACAUCCACCCUUUCGUUAUAACCGACUUCGGUUAUAACGAAGUGCAAAAGGAAAUGGGAAAUUGUGAUCGCUUCGCUGUAGCCGCGAUUUCGUUAUAACCGACUUCGUUAUAACCGACUUCGGUUAUAACGAAGUACAAAAGGGAAUGGGAAAUCGUGAUCGCUUCGCUGUAGCCGCUAUUUUGUUAUGACCGACUCCGUUAUAACCGGUCUCGGCAGUAAAUUGUCUAUUUUUCGGCUACCAUAGUGCUCAGGCGACAAUUGGACCUUUUCAAAUGUGGACGCCGACCAGCAGCUGCUGCACCAAAUACACGAAUGAACCAUAGUUUGAUCACGCAGUCUUCGCAUGUUUUUAGUUGAGUUUUUCAGUUUUUAGACUAGAAACGAUCAUAUUUCUAGUUCACAUACAACGCUAUUCGGUUAUAAGGCUUGCAUUUUCGGGUUAGCUUGCUAUCGUUAUAAGUGGAUUGCACUCUAUCGAGAACGACAGUCGGCGUUCGGCGACGGAUCGGAUCCAAUCCUCGUGCCCAAAAAUGACGGCCUCGGAUGUUGCAUAACGAGGUUUCGAAAUCGCCAUAAUCCUAAAAUUAUGAUGAUUUUUUUUUCUUUCUUUAAAGUACGUUCCUAGUUUGCAAGUGUUUGAGCUCUUGCUCAAGUUAUUUCAUUUAUUACGUUGGGUGCACUGGGGAUUGCCGUGCUCAUCUCCGUAUUUAGUCACAUAAAAUCCUUAUUCUUAUCGUACAAGUUUGUGCUUUGCUGUAGAAACAUUGUCGUGUUUGGUGAGCCGCGUUGUGUUGUUCCUGUUAUCCCCUCACCCCUUCAAAAAAAAAAGAAAUAUGUAUAUAUAUAUAUUUCAUGUGUUUGCUGCUUUUUUUGUAGAAGAAUAAGUUGAGCAUAUAGUCGUGUUUGGAAAAAAGAAGUACAACCGAAUGGAGGAACAACAAAAAGGUAUUGGCGGUGAGUGCACCCUUGAUAUCGAUGGCUUCAAUAAUAGCGUCAUAUUUCGUUGUAACCCGACGACGAAGCCAAGGCCGCAUCUGCUGCAGCUUUUCUGAAUCUCGCUUUCUUUUAUUUCUUCUAACCCAGGCGUUAACCUAAGCGUAUAUAUUAAUUUCAGAAGUAAGUUAGAUUUCACAAAGCUUAUCUUCAACCCGACUGUCAACCAUCAUAUUUCAAAAUUGCAAUAUGCUACACUACGUCUUGAUAGCAGGCACAAACAAAACUUCCGGUAUGGUUUAUUUUAUUGUGUGCGGUGGCCUCAGUCAUCGAAAUUUCCGAAAAAUGUUUCUCCUGUCUUUUUUUUUUU